UUUAAAACCCUUUCAUAGUUGAUAUUCACAGGUAGUUUGACAAUAGCGCAUAUUAAUAAGGAGAAAAGAAAACUUCUGGACAGAAUAUGUCAAAAAUCUUAACAGUCUGUGGAGUUGCCAAAUCAUUGAGGCUGGGAUGGCGCAACUGGAGAACUUCGACAAGAUUGCUCAGCAUGAAGGCUCAGACUGCGCACUUGGUGCUUGAAGAUGGCACGAAGAUGAAGGGCUACUCUUUCGGCCAUGAUCACUCUGCAGCUGGAGAGCUGGUCUUCAACACUGGACUAGUUGGCUAUCCUGAGGCUCUGACAGACCCCAGUUACAGAGGGCAGAUCCUGACCCUCACCUACCCCAUUGUUGGAAACUACGGUGUUCCUAAUACACAGCAACUGGAUGAGCUGGGAUUGAAGAAAAAUGUGGAGUCUGAUCGCAUUCAGGUGUCAGGACUGCUGGUUCAGGACUACAGUUCUGAGUACAGUCACUGGAACUCUGUCAAAUCACUGGCACAGUGGCUUCAAGAGGAGAAGGUGCCGGCUCUUUUUGGGAUAGAUACCAGGAUGCUAACAAAGAUCAUUAGAGACAAGGGUACCGUUUUGGGGAAGAUUGAAUUUGAUGGACAGACGGUGGAGAUCACAGACCCAAACCAGAGAAAUCUCGUAGCUGAGGUCUCCACCAAGGAUAUUCAAGUGUUUGGGAAAGGCAGUCCUAUCAAAGUGGUUGCUGUUGAUUGUGGAAUCAAGCACAACAUUAUAAGACUACUUGUCAAGAGUGGAGCAGAAGUGCAUUUAGUGCCAUGGGACCAAGACCUGAUGAGUUUGGAGUAUGACGGUCUCUUCAUCUCCAACGGCCCAGGAGAUCCUUCACUGGCAAAUACCCUGAUUCAAAAUGUCCGCAAGGUGCUGGAAAGUGAUCGUCCUCAGCCAGUGUUUGGUAUUUGUAUGGGGAAUCAAAUCACAGCUCUGGCAGCUGGUGCACAGUCUUAUAAACUACCAAUGGGAAACAGGGGCCAAAACCAGCCAGUUGUGAACGUGAUGACGGGCCAAGCUUUCAUCACAGCUCAGAAUCAUGGGUAUGGCAUAGACAGCGAGUCCCUUCCUCCAGGCUGGAGUCCUCUCUUCAUCAAUGCAAAUGAUGGAACCAAUGAGGGCAUUAUGCAUAAUACCAAGCCAGUGUUCACAGCUCAGUUCCACCCCGAGGCCAAAGGAGGACCCACAGACACAGAGGUACCGCAGCACUGUCAGAGGAUCGUGAAGAGUCUGAUCUUUUUUGUUUUUCAUGGCUGAAU